UUUUAUUUUCCUGCCAAACUUCAGCUAUUUCUACAUAUUGAUCGCAAAUAGCUUUUGGUUAGUACAGUUACCAUUAUAAGGAUAACCACUUUUAUUUCUACCACCAAAUUACAGAGAAUUUAAUUGAUACUUUAGUUAUUGUUCAAUUUUGGGUUAGCUUUUGGAAAAAUAUGGAUAUCUGAUGAAAAUUGCAUAAUGUUUCUGAAAACUUUCAUACAUAUAUCAAGGAGAAGGUUUAGUACAAAUUUUGUGACAAACCAAGGACAUGUCGUGGUAAUUGGAGGAGGCCACGCAGGAGUGGAAGCUGCUGCUGCCUCUGCACGGCUUGGAGCGCCUACAGUUCUUUUGACAAGGUCAUACAAUGAUAUUGGGCAAAUGAGUUGUAAUCCAGCUUUCGGGGGAAUUGGAAAGGGCACGUUGAUGCGUGAAAUUGAUGCUCUUGGAGGUGUCGUUAGCUCUGUUUGUGAUGAUUCUGCUAUUCAAUUCCAUGUGCUAAAUCGAUCAAAGGGUCCAGCGGUCUGGAGUCCGAGGGCACAAAUGGAUCGUUCAACUUUUAAAGCAAAUAUGCAGAAGAGGAUGAAUAAUUAUCGGAAUAAUCUACAAAUCGUAGAAGGUAGUGCUGUUGAUAUCAAUACAAAGGCAGACGCUUCUGGUAAAUUAUCCUGUUCUUCUGUCAAACUUGCUGAUGGUACUGAAAUCAUAGCGAACAGCAUUGUUAUAACAACUGGUACAUUUUUAGGUGCCAAUAUCAAUGUUGGAAGUAAGCAAACUCCGGCAGGAAGGCUUGGAGAAUCACCUUCCUUUCCUCUUAGUGAUUGUCUACGACGUCUAGGAUUUCAGAUGGGACGCUUGAAAACAGGAACACCUCCACGUAUUCAUCCGAAAACAGUCGACGUUACAAAUCUCACAGAGCAACUGGGUGAUGAAGUACCUGAAGCAUUCAGUUUUCGUAACCUGAAUGAUGACUUUGUCCCAAAAUUACCGCAGCGCUCAUGUUAUAAAACGUAUACAACGGAACAAACACACGCGUUAAUCAGUGACAAUAUUUUAUUAGCUCCUCAUAUGCUUGCACAUGACAUUCAUUCCCCUCGUUAUUGUCCUUCUUUAGAAGCUAAGGUAAUUCGCUUCCCCGAAAAACAAAGGCAUAUAGUAUGGUUAGAACCAGAAGGCUUAAGCCCUGACUCUUUUUGGUAUCCAAACGGGUUAAGUAAUUCAAUGCCUGAAGAUGUGCAAAAAAUAAUAAUUAGAACAGUACCAGGACUUGAAAACGCUGAACUAGUUCGCCCGGCCUAUGGCGUAAUGUAUGAUUUUAUUGAUCCUCGACAACUCUAUCCUACGUUGGAAACACAAAAAAUCCGUAAGCUUUUUACAGCAGGCCAAAUUAAUGGCACUACUGGGUAUGAAGAGGCUGCCGCCCAAGGUAUCGUAGCUGGCAUAAAUGCUGGUUUGGCUGCUCUGAAUAAAGACCCUAUCACAAUACCUAGAAAUGCUGCAUUACUAGGAGUAAUGAUUGAUGACUUAGUAACCAAAGGUGUAAAAGAGCCCUAUCGCGUUUUUACCUCUAGAAGUGAAUAUCGACUUACAACAAGAGCUGAUAAUGCCGAUUUAAGGCUGAUGCCCCUGACAAAAUCUCUUGAUUUAGUUGAUGAUAGUAGACAGUGGGAUAACUAUUUGACUAUUAAGAGCUUGAUGGAUAGAGUAAUCAAUGAUUUGAAGUCCUAUAGUUUAAGCUCUCAACAGUGGGCCAAACUGGGAGUUUCAGUGCCCCAUGAUGGAAAGUAUCGAAGCGCAUGGCAAUUACUAACAUUUACCAAUUUAAAUCCAAUGGAUAUUGUGCUUAAGCUUCCUUCAACUAAAGAAAUCCCUCGAAGGAUACUCGAAAGAGUAAUUGUUGAAGGAAAAUAUGCAUUUUAUAUUGGUCGACAGGCAUCACAAAACAAGUUGCUUUACUAUCGAGAUGAAUCAACAGUUAUUCCUUCAGAUUUUGACUUUGAAAAACUUCAAUCUAUAUCUGCAGAAGAACUAACGUUACUAAAAACAAUUCGUCCUGUUACAAUUGGACAACUAAAACGUAUUCAAGGUAUUAAACCAAGUACUGUUAUUUAUAUGUUUCGACACGCCAGUCAUAUUCCUAAGAAAGAAACAUGGAUGCAAGAAGUUUUUAAGCCUAUGUAUGAUUUUCAUUCUUAAAUUCUCAUUUACUUUGGUUAAUACAUCUACAUUCUACUCAUCAGUUGCAUUUCUAUAUGCACACUUGAUUAAAUCGAGAUGGAUAAAUAAAAAAUAAAGCACAAAAUUUUAUUACCUUAAAUACUUUUCCUUGAACAAAUACCCAUCAAAGAUUUUCUAUUUCAUGUAAAGAGUUUUAAAU